AUGGGCAAUUGCUUGGAGACAUGUAGAAUUGGCCAACAAAAACAAGAGGAGAAGAAAGAACAGCAACAGCAACAGCAACAGAGACAUGAUGAAGCAGAAAGAAAAGGAAGAGAUGGGUUUAUUAAAGAAGGUGGUGGUGGUCUCAGGGUGAAGAUAGUAUUGACAAAGGAGGAGCUGGAAUGGUUGAUGUUUCAGUUAAAGGAGAAGAGAGGGAAGAACUUAGAAGAUUUAUUAGAAGAUUUGGAGAAAUGGAGAGGAAGAACUGAAGCAUGGAAACCCUCUUUGGAGUGUAUCAUGGAGAGUCCUGAAGAAGUACAUGAUAUGAACAGGUGA